AUGCAUGACGGACUCUUGAAGCUGACGCUGCCAAAUGACGCGAGGCUUGUGGCAUUUGCGGACGACGUUGCUGUGGUGAUUGUGGCGAAACACCUGGCGGAGAUCCAUCUCACAUUCCACCUAAUCUUUGAGGAGAUACGUCGGUGGAUGGACGCAGUGGGGCUAACACUGGCAGAACACAAAACGGAGGCGGUGCUGAUUACGAGUCGGAAAAAAGUUGUGACAAUCACGCUGAAAGUUGGAGAUUAUGAACUCACUUUCCAACCGUUCAUUUGGUACCUGGGAGUGAUGAUUGAUCCCCGCUUGAACUUCAAGCAUGUGGAGCACGUGGCAAUCAAGGCCUCAUGGGUUCGAACACUCUUAUCCCGCCUCAUAUCAAACAUUGAAGGUUCCCAACAAAAAAGAAGAGCGCUGCUGUCCACGGUGGUGACGUCAGUGCUGAAUUAUGGGAUUCCCAUCUGGGCCGAUGCGCUCCAGUUCCAGAAAUCUCGGCGUAAGAUCGCUCCCGUCUAUCGGCAGAGCGUCCUGAGAGUUGCUAGCGCGUACCGCAUAGUGUCGGAAGAUGCAGUUUGUGUGAUCGCCGGAAUGCUGUCCAUCGAAGUAUUGGCUGAAAAGCGGACGCGUCUUUACCAGCGGAGAAGGCACACUACAUUGAGCCCAAAAGAUCUCAGGGAAGAGGAGAGACGGAACAGCACCAGCCGAUGGCAGGUGUUGUGGGAUACCUCAGCGAAAGGAAGGUGGACUCAGCGUCUAAUACCACAGUUAGAUAUUUGGCUGAAUCGUCCCCACGGAGAGGUCAACUACUAUCUGACGCAGAUGCUCUCAGGACACGGAUGCUUCCGGAAGUAUCUUCAUAAUUUCAAACUUGAAGAGAUCCCGGAGUGCCCGACCUGCAGUGGAGAAGGAGAAGAUGCUGAGCACGUGUUUUUCAGAUGCAAACGCUUCGCAUGGCUUCGCAGUAGUUGGGAGACUACAGUGAAACAGAGAGUCCCACUUGAAGACCUGGUGAAAGUCAUGAUUUCAUCGAAAGCAGCGUGGGACGCCACGAGCACGUUCGCAGCCGAAGUUCUGGAAGAACUUCGACGCGAGGAACAGGCCAGAAGGAAGUAA